UGGAAGCUUUUCACCUCCCCUAUCCUUCCCUUAAUCUAAUUUCACCGGCCAUGAAUCGCCUACUGAUCUACCCAUAUUCACGCUGCCUUCUCCUACUGCUACUUCUCCAUGCUAAUUCCAAAGCCAUUUCUAUUUGGACUCAUGAUCUCGAGGGGGAGGAGAGAGAGGAGUUUAUCAAGGAUUGCCAAACUAAUUCCACCUGCGGAGGAAUAGAUGUCCGAUAUCCCUUUCGCCUGGUCAACUCGACCCCUGCCUACUGCGGCGUUCAGGGCUUGGAGGUCUCAUGCUCCGCUGCCGGUGACGCCAUCAUCACGGUUCCUCAUUUAGGGCCCUGCAAGAUCAUCAAAUUCGACACUUAUUCAGUUAGAAUCAAGGUAGAAGGCGAUGAAUGGGCUCGGUGUCCACUGCAGAAGCUCAGCUCCACCAAUCUCACCGGCUCAAUUUACCAGCUGAAAUCCUACUACUACUACAACGACUACUCCUCCAAAAACUAUACGCUGGUGAAGUGCUCGAGUGAAAUUGCAAUAGAUCCGUAUUGGAUCACCGGACCCAUUCCGUGCCUUGGCAAUGAGAGUCCAAGGGAGUGGGUUUAUGCAGCGGAUGCUUGGGCUUCCAUGGACCAGCUCCCGUCAGGAUGCGUCGGCACUGGAAUUGGUGGUUGGAUCGGAUAUGCAGACAGAGGAACGUUUGGAGAUCUGGUUCAGGGAUUCAAUCAAACGCUAGAGAUGGAUGUAUCUCUUGAUAUUCCGGAAUGGGAGAUGUGCAGAGACUGCCAUGAAGAAGGAAAGCAAUGUGGAUUUAGCCGCAGCAGAAACCAAACUGACUGCUUAACGAGACGAGGACCAGAUCUGGAGGGGGAGGAGAGAGAGGAGUUUAUAGAGGAUUGCCAAACUAAGUCCACCUGCGGAGGAAUAGAUAUCAGAUACCCCUUCCGCCUUAACUCGAGUACUCCUGCCUACUGCGGCGUUCAGGGCUUGGAGGUCUCAUGCUCUGCUGCCGGUGACGCCAUCAUCACGCUUCCUCAUUUAGGGCCCUGCAAGAUCAUCAAAUUCGACACUUACUCGGUUAGAAUCAAGGUAGAAGGCAAUGAAUGGGCUCGGUGUCCACUGCAAAAGCUCAGCUCCACCAAUCUCACCGGAUCAAUUUACCAGCUGGAACACUAUUACGGCUACUACCCUUACUACGGCUACUACAACUAUAAGCUGGUGGCCUGCUCGAGUGAAAUAACAACAGAUCCGCAUUGGAUUUCGGGACCUAUCCCGUGCCUUAGCGAUGAAAGUGAAGGGCAGUUGGUUUAUGCAGCGGAUGCUUCGGCUUCCAUGGACAGGCUCCCGUCAAGAUGCGUGACCACUGGAAUCGGUGGUCGGAUCGGAUAUGCAGGCGAACAAAGGUUUGGAGAUCUGGUUCAGGGAUUCAUUCAAACGCUACAGAUGGAUGUAUAUCUUAAUAUUCCGGAAUGGGAGACGUGCAGUGACUGCCAUAUAGAAGGAAAGCAAUGUGGAUUUAGCCUCAGCAGAAACCAAACUGCUUGCUUAAUUAUAGCAGCGAGGCGCCAUGGAACAACAAACAUUGGGCUCAUAGUUGGAUUAUGUAUAAGCGGUCUUGUAGUUGUAUUAACAUAUCUUAUUAUAUUGUACAUAUUCAAGGCGUCUAAAAAGGAUCAAGAAAUUCGUAUCAAGGUAGAACAAUUUCUCGCAACAUAUGGUGAUGCAAAACCAACUCGAUACUCUUUUUCUGAUAUUAAAAAGAUCACAAUAAGAUUCAAGAAUAAGUUGGGGCAAGGUGGAUAUGGAAGUGUGUACAAAGGGGAGCUACCGAAUGGUAUUCCAGUAGCAGUUAAGAUGCUCAAAAGUUCAAAAGGGCAGGGCCAAGAAUUCACAAAUGAAGUUGCAACCAUUGGAAGGAUUCAUCAUAUUAACAUUACUCGUUUGUUGGGAUUUUGCUCAGAACAAUCAACUCGUGCUCUCGUCUACGAGUUCAUGCCAAAUGAGUCCUUGGAGAAGUAUAUUUUCUCAAGACAAGACAAAGGAAGCAACAAAUCAUUGAGCAUGGAGAAAUUGUUGAACAUUGCAAUAGGCAUUGCUCGAGGCAUUGAAUAUUUACAUCAGGGAUGUGAACAACGUAUUUUGCAUUUUGAUAUUAAGCCACACAACAUUCUAUUGGAUUAUGACUUAAAUCCAAAGAUUUCAGACUUUGGACUAGCAAAGCUUUGCUCAAGGGAUAUUAGUAUCGUGACAAUGACUGCAGUAAGAGGCACAAUGGGAUAUAUUGCUCCUGAGAUGUAUUGUAGGAAUUUCGGGACCGUGUCAUAUAAAUCUGAUGUCUAUAGUUUUGGUAUGUUGUUGUUGGAGAUGAUAGGAGGUCGAAAAAAUCAUGAUCCCGAAAUAGGAAGAGAGAGUGAGAUUUAUUAUCCAGAAUGGGUGUACGAUCGACUAGUUGAAAAACAAGACUUGGUAUUGGCAAUGGAGAUUGAACAAAAUGAUGGAGAAAUAUUACAGAAGCUCUCUAAGGUGGCUUUAUGGUGCAUUCAAUGGAGUCCAACUGCAAGGCCUACCAUGACUAGAGUUCUUCAUAUGCUUCUAGGGAGCUCAGAAGAAGUGCACAUACCUCCUAAACCAUUUGUCUCCCAACACUAAUAAUGAUUAUGCUAAUUAAUAAAUAUGUUAAAUCAGUAGGUUCUCUCCUUUUGUGUAUAAGCUCUAAGUGACUUAUAGUACACAUGUAAUUUAAUCAUGUUUAAAUUCAAUUGUAACAAUACAAUCGUUCAUAUGGUAGUGAAUAUAUUCUAAGUUGAAGUGGAGGAGAGAAUUGGACAA